AUGUCCGUUGAUCUUUAUUUAUUCGCAGCUGGAUCGGCUCUCACCGCUCUACUAUUCUAUGCUUUCAUCGGUGUUCAAUGGUCUAUUUGGCAUAUGUUCACUAUUCCGCUCUAUAUUAUUAUCUUUCUGGUAUUUUCCUCGUUGAGUGCUUUGAAACGUUUUAAAUCAUCAGUGAAAUCCAAAACACCAAGGAAACCCAUCGUACAAGAGAAGAAUGGAAUCACCAUUGCUUUCGCUUCAGUUAAAGGAAACUGUCGUACAUUUGCUCAAUCGACGUACGAUAAACUAUCGAAUGAUUUAACUCGUCAAGUUAUUCUUCAAGAUCUAGCUGAUAUUACUGAUCCAGAAGAAUUUCUACAAACACAAGCUAAGAAUCAAAGAACAUUGCUGAUUUUUAUUUCCACAUACGAAGAUGCUACACCACCACCUUCAGCAAAAUGGUUUCUCAUGCAUCUACAAGAAGCCGCAACUGACUUCCGUGUUUCGAAAAAUGAAUUAGAAAAGUUAACUUAUGCAGUUUUUGGAUGUGGAAAUUCACUCUAUCGUGACAAUUUCAAUAAAGUCGCUAAAGAAGUCGACCGAUGUCUAGCAGAAAUAGGUGCAAAGCGACUUCUACCUACGGAAUUAGCCGAUGAAAAUACUGUGAAAAGUACUUAUGGAGGUCUCGAAGGACACUAUUCAAAAUGGACAUCUCAAUUAAAAACGGCUUUGGAGUCACCGAAACCCGAGAAAUGUGAUUGUUCGAACAACAAUUCAACAACUUGUUGUCAAUCAACAACGAACGGUGAACAAGCAACAAAGAAUGACAGUGAUGAUAAUGAACAAGAGAGAAUCGAAAGUGAUGACGACGACGAAGCUGGAGGAUGCAAAAAUGGUGGUGAUGAUGUUAUGGAUUUAGAAGAUAUGGGAGAUUAUAUAGAAAACACAUCGAUAACAAAAACACCGAAAGGACCACCAAAAGAGAUGGUUACCCCAUUGAUACGAAAAUCAUUGGAAAAACAAGGUUAUAAACUAAUUGGUAGUCAUUCCGGUGUAAAACUAUGUCGAUGGACAAAAUCAAUGUUGCGAGGUCGAGGUGGAUGCUACAAGCAUACUUUCUAUGGAAUUGAAAGUCAUCGCUGUAUGGAAACAACGCCAAGUCUUGCUUGUGCAAACAAAUGUGUUUUUUGUUGGAGACAUCAUUCUAAUCCAGUCGGUACGUCAUGGCAAUGGAAAACGGACGAUGCACAAACUGUCUGUCAAGGUGCCAUCGACAAUCAUUAUAAAAUGAUCAAUAUCUUCAAAGGUGUACCCGGUGUAUUGCCUCAUCGACUAGCGGAAGGCAUGCAAAUCCGCCAUUGUGCUUUAUCUCUUGUUGGUGAACCGAUAAUGUAUCCACAUAUCAAUGAAUUGAUUGAUAUACUUCAUUCAAAAAAUAUCAGCAGUUUUCUCGUAACAAACGCACAAUUUCCAGAUGAAAUCAAAUCAUUAGAACCAGUAACACAACUGUAUGUUAGUGUUGAUGCUGCAACGAAAGAAUCAUUGAAAAAAAUCGACCGUCCUCUAUUUCGAGAUUUUUGGGAACGAUUUCUCGCCUGUUUACGAGCUCUCAAAGAUAAAGGACAAAGAACAGUCUAUCGCUUAACAUUAGUUAAAGGUUAUAACACCGAAGAAAUCGAACAAUAUGCCAAAUUAGUUGAACUUGGUGAUCCAGACUUUAUCGAAGUGAAAGGAGUUACUUAUUGUGGAGACUCGAGUGCAAGUAAUCUAACAAUGGCUAAUGUUCCAUGGCAUGAAGAAGUCGUCACAUUUGUUCGAUUACUUUGCGAACGUCUACCACAGUAUGGUUUAGCUUGUGAACAUGAACAUUCUAAUUGUCUUUUACUCGCCAAUACGAAAUUUCAAAUUGACGGUAAAUGGCAUACAUGGAUUGAUUACGAACGUUUUCAUGAACUUGCUGCCAGACAUAAAGCAACUGAUGGAAAAGAAUCGUUUACUUCUCUGGAUUACAUGGCUGUCACACCUGACUGGGCAGUUGUUGGUUCGAAUGAACGCGGUUUUGAUCCUCAGGACACCAGAUGGCAUCGCAAAGCCACGGCUAAAAAAGAUUUGUCUGGUUGUUAA